CAAUAGUUUUCCACCUCUCCGGUGCGCAUGGAGAUAAACUACGCUUCCAUAAGCUCACCGGACCACCUCACCCCCACAGCUAUGUCCUCCUCAUCUUCGCCGCGAUCCUCCUCCAUAACCCGACCCGUUAAGGUCAUCCCGCUCCAACAUCCUACUACGACGUCGUCUUCUUCCGCCGAUAAUAUUCCUUCUGCUUUAUUUUCGCGAUGGAGAACUCAGAUGAAACGCAUGUCGUUUAAUGAAUGGCUGGAAACGCUGUUACCUUGUUGCCGUUGGAUUAGAACUUAUAAAUGGAAUGAAUAUUUUCAAUCUGAUCUUAUGGCUGGUAUUACCAUCGGUAUUAUGCUCGUUCCGCAGGGAAUGUCAUACGCGAAAUUAGCAGGGCUUCAACCAAUUUAUGGACUCUAUACUGGUUUUGUGCCAGUGUUUGUUUAUGCUAUAUUUGGGUCAUCUAGACAACUGGCAACUGGUCCCGUGGCAUUAGUUUCUCUGCUAGUCUCUAAUGUUUUAAGUGGAAUCGCGGAUCCGUCGGAUCCUUUAUAUACAGAACUUGCAAUACUAUUGGCACUUAUGGUUGGAGUUCUGGAAGGCAUCAUGGGGCUUUUAAGGCUUGGAUGGCUUAUACGCUUCAUCAGCCACUCUGUGAUUUCUGGUUUCACAACUGCAUCGGCCAUCGUGAUUGCAUUAUCUCAAGCAAAAUAUUUCUUGGGAUAUGAUAUUGUACGAAGUAGCAAGAUUGUGCCAUUGAUUAAGAGCAUAAUAGCUGGAGCGGAUAAGUUCUCGUGGCCCCCUUUUGUGAUGGGAUCUAUCAUUCUUGCAACAAUUCUGUUUAUGAAGCAUUUGGGAAAAUCAAGGAAACAAUUCAAGUUUCUUCGAGCAGCAGGACCACUCACAGCUGUUGUUAUGGGUACAACUUUUGCAAAAAUGUUUCACCCAUCCUCCAUUUCCUUGGUAGGGGAUAUACCCCAGGGCCUGCCAAGCUUCUCGAUUCCAAAAGAAUUUGGGCAUGUGAAAUCUUUGAUCCCAACAGCUAUUCUUAUUACUGGUGUAGCCAUAUUGGAAUCUGUUGGGAUUGCAAAAGCCUUGGCAGCAAAGAAUGGGUAUGAGCUAGAUUCAAGUCAAGAGUUGUUUGGUCUUGGUUUGGCGAAUAUCUGCGGCUCUUUUUUUUCAGCAUACCCUGCAACAGGUUCAUUUUCUAGGUCAGCUGUAAGUAAUGAAAGCGGGGCAAAAACUGGCUUAUCUGGAGUUAUUACUGGUAUCAUCAUAUGCUGCUCUCUUCUAUUCUUGACGCCACUGUUUGAAUACAUUCCCUUGUGUUCUCUGGCUGCAAUAGUAGUGUCUGCUGUGAUGGGACUGGUGGAUUAUGAUGAGGCUAUCUUCUUAUGGCAUGUAGACAAGAAAGAUUUUCUUCUUUGGACCAUUACUAGCACGACAACACUGUUUCUAGGCAUUGAGAUUGGUGUCCUUCUUGGGGUUGGUGUAUCACUUGCUUUUGUUAUCCAUGAAUCAGCGAAUCCACACAUUGCUGUUUUGGGGCGUCUUCCUGGCACAACUGUUUACAGAAACCUUCAACAAUACCCAGAAGCAUAUUCUUACAAUGGAAUUGUGAUUGUUCGAGUUGAUGCGCCAAUUUAUUUUGCUAAUAUAAGUUACAUAAAAGAGAGACUACGGGAAUAUGAAGUUGAUGUAGACAAAUCUUCCAGACGCGGACCAGAAGUUGAAAGAAUUUAUUUUGUGAUUUUAGAGAUGGCGCCCGUCACAUAUGUAGACUCCAGCGCUGUUCAAGCCUUGAAAGACUUGUAUCACGAGUACAAGUCACGAGAUAUCCAGAUCGCCAUCUCAAAUCCCAACCGAGAGGUUUUGCUAUCCUUAAUGAAAGCUGGUCUGAUAGACCUUAUUGGUAAGGAAUGGUACUUUGUGAGAGUGCAUGAUGCUGUUCAAGUUUGCCUUCAGCAUGUUCAGAGCUCAAACCAGACACCGAAGCUUGCAGAUUCAUUAAAAGAUGAUAAAUCAAGUUUCUUUCGUAGGUUACUGAAAGAAAGAGAUAAUGACUCCUCUGUUGCUGACGUGGAGUCAGGCGAUACUAAACUGUUGAUUUCCAAGAACAUUGAUCCCCAAUUGGAGCCAUUGUUAUCUCGGAAGUCGUGAAAUUCUCUCGGUUUCUAUAGCAAAUAUUUGAUGCUUUUUUUUUUUGCAAUCAAAGGCAAUGCCUAUAUAAAACAUAUAUAUGUAUAUCAUUCAACUUCCCAAGCUGAUUAGGUGGAUUGUUUUCUUGUAAGUAGUCUUCAUUGUUGUAAUAAUUCAUUGUAAUUCUUCAUUUUGAUUUUUGAGUAGGGAUUGAUCAUUGUAGAUUACACUGUUAAAUUGUAUCUCUAAUAAAAUUUGUCAGUUCACAA